UGGUGAUCUCCAAUACUGUAAGAUUCAGCCUCUUUGUGUCUCUGACAGCGCCUGAAACUUUGCGUAAUAAACAGGCCAGAAUCAUGUUUUGAAGUUGUGGGAAAGACCAUUUCGCAGACACGAGAUUCGGACUGUCCCUCGAGGACAGAGAGCAGGCUCGGCAACUCCAGACGGGAGCAUUCAGAGGCCGCUCACGGCUGCCUCUGCCUCUCGGCGUUAAUGGAAUAAAAAGGGCCCGUCAGGCGCGGGGACGGACGUCCGGCAGCGCCCCAGGACUGGGCGAGCCCUGUUGUUGUCCACCCCCUUUUUCUCCCGGCUGAUGGGCCGGGCCGGGAGGGGGCGGGGCCGGCAGGUGCCUUCAUGAAUAACUUAAAUAACCCUCCCAACUGGAACAUCCUGCCCAAUCGGCGCGAUCCCGGCGAUGACGGCAGCCGGUGGAAUUACGCCCUGCUGGUGCCCAUGCUGGGCCUGGCCGCCUUCCGUUGGAUCUGGACCAGAGAAUGUCAGAAAGAAAUAGAAAAAGAAAAACAAGAGUACUACAGAAAAGAGUCAACGUUACAAAAAGACCUGGAAGGCAAAUACCGGGAUAUAAUCACAGAGAAUCGUCGCGCUGUUGCUCAUCUGGAGGUGGAGCUGGAAAAGGAGCGCAACAGGACCCUGAGUUACCGUGAAGCCCUCGUGUCCCAGAGCCGCAAACUAGUGGAAGAGAGGAAGCUCCUAGAACAGGAGCAGGAGAAGUUGGAGCGAGAAAAACAAGUCUUUCUGCACUCUGGAGCAGAAGGUACCUUGUACCAGAGUUGCCUGGCAAAGGAAGAAGAAUGGCAACAGAGAGCCAAUAUUUUACUAAAAGAAUUUGAAGAGGGACUGAAGGAAAGGCAGGACAUCUACUGCAGUCUUGUAAUACCCAGAAGUCAGAGACUAGAAAUAGAGAAAAAUCUGCUAGUUAAAGCAGCAACUAAUCCUGUUGCUUUGGCUUUACAUGUGGAGAGUGGUUUAAAAGAUAUUUUCAAACAUGAUAACUACUGUGGCAAUGUGCUGAACAGAACCAGCAGUCAAAAUGGAAAGCUUAUGUGGCUGUAUCUGAGAUACUGGGAACUAGCUGUUGAACUGCAGAAAUUCAAGAGGGUAGAAAAGGCCAUGUUAGGAAAACGCUAAGUAGGGGAUACAGUGGGAUUCCAUGUGAUCCACCAUGCAUGGUAGGGACAAUCACAGUUGUAGUCCAAAGCUGUUAAAUUCUUCUGCUGUGUUGCCAUCUCUCCUCCUCCUUGCACUUGUGUUUGCAUGGGACAUGUGCAGUGCUGGUGCCUUUCCUCUCACUAACAGCAGAUGCUCUGGUGAGCUGUGCAUGCUCCUGAGCUCCGUGAGCGUGUUUGUGUGUUGCAGUAUAGAGAUAUGCCAACUCCCCAGGUGUCAGAAGCAGCAAAACAGAACUCAGUUUAGAGGCAUUUGCCUCAUUGAUGGUCACACUCCAGCAACAGAGAAUGGUCAUUUGUCUCCCCCAGGUGUGGCAGCACAUUGUGCUCCUUAUCCCUGACAUUUUUACAUGGCGUCUCAACACUGGUUUUUUUUAUUACUAUUAUUUUUUGAAAAUUAGUUUAAACAAGACUGAUUGUGAGGCAGAUGUUUGGGAGAGAUGGUGCUGGAGCCAGCUGUUUGACACGUAAAUCUUACAUGUCUGUGUCUUCGAAUACAUAUAAAUGUAUGUGUGUGUGUGUGUGUGUAUAUAUAUAUAUAUAUAUAUAUAUAUAUGUGCAUGAAUGUAUGUGCGUGUGUAAGUGUAUGUGAAAGUAUUCUGAGGGUGGAAUAGAUUGAUGCUGUUUCAGAUUAGUCAAGUCUUGCAUUGUCUUCCAGCUUAAUAUACAAAUAGCGCUUUAUGAAUGAAACAUCCAAAAGUUGCUAAUUCAAAUAACACAUAAAGAAACAGAUUUAUGUCUCAUUGGCACUUGGGAUCCAUUAUCAAAUUCUAGGGAAUAUAUAAACUGGGAGUUAUAGUUUCAUAUAUCGGAAAUACCUUACGAAUACUUAUUUUUUUCCUAAGUCAAGGUUUUAGUUGUAACCCAACAAUGUGCCGCCAUUAUGGAUGUCCCCGUGCUGCUUCUUCUGCCUCUCAGAGCACUGGCUGCCUCCUGGGUUGCUUGCAGGAACCUCCUUGCCAUUGCACCUGCUCUGCUCCUUGGACAGGUCCUGUUUGUUAUUUGCAGAUGGGAACAUAAAUGCAGCCUGCACUGGUAGCCACUGCUCUCUCUCCACCUGUUUCCCUUCUCCCAGAACUGAAGUACAUACUCUUUUCUGCAGCUCUGAAAUUUUGUGCUUGUGGUUCACCACUUUACAUACACAUGACCACGAAAGCCUACAGAUAUACAAGCUUUGCGAACUUUUAACAAAGAGGGCUUUUUAAUUUAGCUAGUUAAAAAAAUAGAUUUGGUAAAAAAUAAAAUAGUAAGUGGAAUAAUAAAUACAAAUAUAAACAUUCAGAUUAAAAAAAUCCAGCAACAAACAAAACUUUAAAACCCAGUGCAUUUCAAUUUCUUAGAACUUUGAGUAUGCUUUGGGUCCUUUUAGCAGUACGAACCACCUUUUUUCAAAUGUGCCAUGUAUUUAAAAUAAUACAAACUUUUUUCUUCCCUCUUUCUAAUCCAGCCUUAGACCUCAAAGGGGCAGUGUUUACCCUUGUCUUUAUAACAUCUAGUCUUCUCUGUUACUUGACUUUGAUUAGUGCUGAUAGGUUAUCAGUUCAUUAAUUAGCAGUUUGUUGUUUACUGAAGGCUGGACUUGACAACUGUGUUUGCACCAGGCAAUCAUGUAGAACCAUGGUUUGUAAGCAAUCCAAGCUAAGCAAAUGCCCAUCUUCCUGCAGAUGUAGGGUUUUUCUCUUACUAUUUUUUCCUGGUUUCAUUGUAGUCUGAGCACAGAAAACAGCAGAUAAAUAUUUUGAAACAAUAUGCACAAUUUAAUCCAGUUACUAAGUAGAAAUAUCUAACAUGAAACAAAAUUCCUGAGCAGAAUAGAUGUUUCCCAACUACUCGGUUUUCCAGUUGAGAUUUUGCUCCCCUUGAUAGUACUAAUUACACUGUUGUGUUGACUUACUAAUCUUUUUUUUUCAUACUGAUUUGAAAUAAAUAAAGUUUUAGUAGACAAACUUGGAGGAAAAAAGAGAUGUCACAAACACCAAAAGGGCCACAGUUUGUCAGGGUGCCAAGCCUAUUCCCGUUGGGAGAUGAGAACACAAUUGAGUUGCCAAUCAUGUGUGAUGCCGUGAGCCAAGUCCGUGUGUAAUUCCUUCAGGAUGUGGAAAGUGACUGUCCAGCUGUGGCACACUUCACACGUUCCUGCAGGCAGUUAAGCUGCUCAGCUGACUAAGAGCAGACAGUGAAUCAGUGCCAGUGUAUUUGAGAUUCAAGCCUUGAAUUUGUAUAAGUUAGUAUUAAAAGAUCAAAGGUUUUAUGCUUUUUCAUUUUUUCAUAGUUUGUUAUUCGUAUCACUCAAAAUAUUUAAAGAAAAUGUAAUCAAGGGUAAAAUACUAUUUUGUCAGUAUGAAUAUGUACAUUCAAGCCUUACACACUUGAAUGUAUAGGUUUGGAUGCAAUAUAGUAAAGGUUUGGUAUGCACUUUCUCUUUUUUAAAGUGUCAUUUAUUUGUAAAGUAAUUGAACUAUCAUUCAUGGACACUUUGAAGAUCAUUAUCUCAAGACAGAAGGGUUAUUUCAGAAGGCUUUUUAAAAGUGUAUAACUGAUUUAGAAUCACUGGUCCUUUCCGUUUCUUCCAAAACUCAUGUUUGUGGGUAUGCAAUGUAUUUUUGAAAUGUUCCCCCUUAGUAGGUUGUUAUUCUGAAAAUUCUAAUGUAAGUUUCAUCUUGCCCAGCACUUUUUCUGAAUUGGUUAAUUGUUUGGAACUGCCCAUAUACAUAUGUAGAAUGCAAGAAUAAUUUGUUUUCAAAGUAUUUAAUGAACUUAUUUUUAUUAUAAAAUUGUCACUCAGCUAUUAAACAAUAACAAUUAAUAAGAACCUUUA